CAAGAAUACAGUUGUCCAUAUUGCAAGGUAUCCAGUCCCUCCAUCACUCACAGCACACUCAACAAGCUAUCACUGAACUCAACUCAAAACUGAUGGACGUCAGUCAGUUGUAUGGUGAUUUUGCUGAUCCGUUCAAUCUCUCAGAGUGUAAGUUGUCCAUUGUUCAUUGUGCCGGCCAUUUUGAUGUUACACUGAUUGAGUCACUGUGGAGUGAAAUUAUAGAACAAGAGCUCCAGUCUACACUGGGCAAUGAUAGGGACACUAGAAUGCAGAGCAUGAGGGACAGGCUACUGAGACUUGGUAAACUGUAUUCAAGAAAUGACAGCUACUUUCCAACUGCCUAUCUUAUUAAGCUGUUGGAGCAGCACUCUUGUCAGCUGGGGUGGGAUCCUGGCUUCAUU